UUCUGCGCUUUUGGUUUUGGACUCUGCAUUUUUACCGGUUCUGGAAACUGGAGAAUAUUGACCGUUGAGCCUUUAACCGUCUACCAUGUCGCCGCCAGGUGUCUUCCUUAUCUCCUCUUCCGCCGUCGCUCCACUCCCGCCAAAACCCCCCAAUUCACCACCGCAGCUCGAUGUCAAGCUGAUCUCCCGCCGCAACGCCGUCGUUUUACUCUCCUUUGUCGCUCCCCUGUUUCCUGCUCUCCACCAUCCUUCCCCGGCGUCCGCAUUCUCGCUCGGCAUCUCAGGACCAAAGCAGUGGCUUAAAGAGCAGAAGAAGAAGUCCGCUAAGUUCCUAUUGGCUCCUGUUGAUGCCUCUCGCAAUAGCCUCCAGGCUGCGUAUCUUUUGCUUAUGAAAAGUGGAACAGAAUUUAGUGAAAAGGAAUUGGAUGAAAUUCAGAGCUUACUAAAGUCUGCUGCUAGGGAUUGCGUCCCUCAAGAUAGGAAUUCUUUCGUUCAGUUUCAAUCCAAAACUGGAGUCGAGGUCUGCACGUUUCAGCUGGUCGUGAACAACGCUUCUUCUUUACUUGAUGACAAGGAUCCCAUAAAGUUGGAAGCUGAAUCUAAGCUCACUGAUGUAAUAAGGUGCUUUGCUUCUCUGAAUGGCAUGACAAGUGAACUCGAUAUUCAAGUUGCUUCCAACAGACAGAAGAUAGCAGAUGCACUUAUGGAUACAGUAUCUUCUCUCAACAACUUUGAGCAGGGUGUCAAGGAUUGCCUUGAAACUUGAUUACUUAAACUAUGAGUAAAGGAAAAUAGAUGAAAAUUUCCAAUAUUUGGCAAAUGCUUAUUGUUUUUAAAAUUUGGCAGAUGGCAUCUGUCCUUAUAGCUCUGGCAAUUGAAGAAAGUAACUUAAACUAGGUCCUAUCUCCCACUGAAACCUUCUUAUUAUUUUCCCUAUCUGUUUGGAUUUCUCUUAUAUUAAUAUAAACUCUAUUAUUAUUUUCA